AUGGCUACCCCUAGUGUCCUCGCUUUUGACCCUGAGGGUCGGGCCAUUGACUUUGAAGUCUGGAUAGAUGACCUACAGCUUUUCUUACAGUGCGAUAGGGCAGACGGCCUCUCCCUCUUUGACCUCACUUCUGGUGCCUCUCCUGCCCCCGCUGCUGAUGCUGACGCCACUGUUCGCUCACAGUGGGCCACGCGCGAUGCUGCUGCACGUCUUGCUGUGCGUCGCCACCUGCCUACCUCUGAGCGUGCGCACUUUAGCCAGUACAAGAGUGCUCAGACCUUGUACGACGCUGUAGUUGCACGCUACUCCUCCCCUGCCACUGCUGCACUGAGCCGCCUCAUGCUACCGUACCUCUUCCCUGACCUUGCUGCCUUUCCCACAGUCGCUGACCUCAUUACGCACCUCCGCACUAGUGACACUCGCUACCGCGCUGCGCUUCCUGCUGAGUUCUGCGCCAAGAACCCCCCCCCCAUGUACAUCACCCUCUACUACAUAGUCACCCGUCUCCCUGACUCCCUUCGCGUAGUCAGGGACCACUUCCUCUCGGUUUGCCCCACCACUCUCACUGUUGACCUCCUCGAGAAGGCCCUCCUAGCAGCAGAAAAGAGCAUAGUCGCUGUAGGAGCCUCUCGUGGUGACCCUCGCACCCCCAUCUUUGAGGGGUGUUCCCCCUCCCCUCUUUUGCCCUCUGUUGCCUCUGCUGCUGCGGCCGACCUCGCUGGUUUGGAGUCGGUUGGGGCAGCGUCUACCCCUAGCGGGAGACGCCGCCCUGGCAAGGGCAAGGGGGGCAGGGGCGCUGGAGGAGCUAGCGGGGGCGGUGGAGGCGGCGGUGGGGGCGGUGGAGGGGGUGGGGGUGGCGGUGGGGGUGGUGGCGGGGGUGGAGGUGUCGGUGGCGGCAGUGGAGGCGGAGGCGGCAGCGGCGGUGGCGGAGGGAGCGGAGGUGGCGGCGGUGGAGGAGGAGGCGGCGGAGGAGGUGGAGCUGGUCGGGGUGGCGCUGCGCAGAGGGUCGGCUCCGGUGGUGGUCAGCGCCAGCAGCAGCAGCAGCAGCAGCAGCAGCAGCAGCGCACUCGUGACAUCCCCUCCCCUCAGCAGCUCCGGCGGGUGUAG